GGUCACAGUUGUACCUUCAAACAACACAUUCAGUCAGCAGAAAUGGCCCUCUCCAUGCGCACCGUUUCGGCCAAGACUGCCGCUCCUCGCGGCUUCGCGGGCCGCCGCGUCGCUGCUGUGAGCAAUGGCUGCCGCGUUGUGAUGAAGGCCGGCAACUGGCUGCCAGGCUCGGAUGCUCCUGCUUGGCUGCCCGAUGACCUGCCGGGCAACUACGGCUUCGACCCUCUGUCUCUGGGCAAGGACCCUGCCUCGCUGAAGCGCUUCACCGAGUCGGAGGUCAUCCACGGCCGCUGGGCUAUGCUCGGCGUCGCUGGCGCUCUGGCUGUGGAGCUGCUCGGUUACGGCAACUGGUAUGAUGCCCCUCUCUGGGCUGUGACUGGCGGCAAGGCCACCUGGUUCGGCAUUGAGGUGCCGUUCGACCUGAACACCCUGCUGGCAUUCGAGUUCGUGGCCAUGGCGGCCGCUGAGGGCCAGCGCAACGAUGCUGGCGGUGUGAUCUACCCUGGCGGUGCUUUCGACCCCCUUGGCUUUGCCAAGGACUCGUCCAAGGCUGGUGAGCUGAAGCUCAAGGAGAUCAAGAACGGUCGCCUGGCAAUGGUUGCCUUCCUGGGCUUCAUUGCCCAGCACGCCGCCACGGGUAAGGGGCCCCUGGCUGCUCUGGGCGAGCACCUGGCCAACCCGUGGGGCGCCAACUUCGCCACGAACGGCGUGUCCGUUCCGUUCUUCUAAAUUCUUGGCGUCAAUGCUUGAGCUGGGACUGGUGGACCUUUGACUGGGCAUCAGGGGCUUUCGGGCUGGCUUGAUGGUCCUAUGGGGGCGGUCAGGCGCGAUGGUCCUGCCUGUACAUUGUGACAGAUCUGUUUAGGAUCAAUUUUUCGUUACGGUGUAAUUUUUGGGGAAAGGGAUGUGUGAUAUGGUGCGUGACUUCCAUGCAGAUGGGUUAUCUCGUUGCUAUGCACGUGAUCCCAGGUCCUUUGAUAACACUGUAACGUCACAACCUUGCUA